AUGAGUUCUGACUAUUCUAAACAAUAUGCGGAUUUUAUAGGGGCGCUUGAAAAGCUCUUCCACAUAAAAUCUAAUGAACCUAUCGAAGAUAUGUGCAGAAUAAUUACAAAUACUUUGAUUUCGAAGUAUCAACUUUCAAUCAAGCAACUUACAAAGUUAAUUCAUGAGGCAAUUAGAUACAAUUAUGCAUCCGGAGCGAAUUACGUCAAAAUACUCGAACAGAUCGGGGCUGACCUAACCGGAGUAUCGGAUUAUCAUUUUGAAACGGAGGACUCGAUUGAAUUUAUAGUUAUGCAUGAUCAAAUUGAUAAGUUCAAAGAAUACUUAACUCAAAAUUCAAUAUCUGAUGAUAUUUUUCUACAAAUUCCUAAUUUCAGGAAUAAUGCUUACAAUUAUAGUUAUUUUGCAGAGUUAUCACUAAUUGAAGCAUGUGCAUACUUUGGAUCUGUUAACAUAUUUUAUUUCUUAACUUCAAAUCAUAUUAGUGAAAUAACUGAAAAUUGUCUUUGCAGCGCAUUAAUUGGAGGAAAUCAAGACAUCAUCAACGAAUGCUUGAAAGAACAUAAAAUGGAUAUUGAUUGUCUCAGAAGCAUUAUAAGAACACACAAUCACGAAUUGCUUGAAUAUGUUUUAGAUAGAGAGAUAUUCGAGCUUGAUGAUUUUUAUGGCGAGUAUUGGAAAUCGGGAAAAGAAAAGAAUUGGAUGAGUGAUACAAGCUAUAAACCUGUUUAUGAAGAUAUCAUCAGAUAUCAAAACCUUAAUGCUGUAUUUCUUCUAUUCAAAAGGAACAAAUAUUACAUCUUUCCAUGGGGUGCUGCAUUUCCGCAAACAAUAGAUAUUUUCAAAAACAAUACAUUUUCUAACAAACAUAAUCACACUAAAUGUGGAAUUAUUCAUUUUGCAUCUAAAGCGCAAAAUUCUAAUAUUGGCAGAUUAUUACUUGAGUCAUACAAUCAAAUUAUAGUCAACAAUAAUGAAGGAGAUGAUGAAUGUAUUUCACAUGGUAUAAAUAUCAAUGAAAAAGAUAAAAAUGGAAAAACCGCUCUUCAUAUCGCAGCAAAAAAUAAUAAUAAAGAAACAGCUGAACUUCUUAUUUCACAUGGUACAAAUAUCAAUGAAAAAAAUAAAGAUGGAUAUACCUCUCUUCAUAUUGCAUCACGUUACAAUUAUAAAGAAACAGCCGAACUUCUUAUUUCACAUUGUACAAAUAUCAAUGAAAAAGAUGAUGACGGACAAACCGUUCUUCAUAUUGCAGCAUGGAAUAAUAGUAAAGAAACAACCGAACUUCUUAUUUCACAUGGUGCAAAUAUCAAUGAAAAAAAUAAAGAUGGAAGAGCAGCUCUUCAUGUUGCAGCAUUGAAUGAUAAUAGUGAAAUAGCUGAACUUCUUAUUUUACAUGGUGCAAAUAUCAAUGAAAAAGAUGAUUACGGACAAACCGCUCUUCAUAUUGUAGUAUAUUAUAAUAGAACAGAAAUAUCUGAAUUUCUUAUUUCACAUGGUACAAAUAUCAAUGAAAAAGAUGAUGAUGGACAAACCGUUCUUCAUAUUGCAGCAAAAAAUAAUUGUGAAGAGAUGGCAGAAGUUCUUAUUUCACAUGGUACAAAUAUCAAUGAAAAAGAUAAAAAUGGAAGAACAGCUCUACAUGUUGCAGCAUUGAAUGAUAAUAGUGAAAUAGCUGAACUUCUUAUUUUACAUGGUACAAAUAUCAAUGAAAAGGAUGAUUACGGACAAACCGCUCUUCAUAUUGCAGCAAAAAAUAAUAAUAAAGAAACAGCUGAACUUCUUAUUUCACAUGGUGCAAAUAUCAAUGAAAAAGAUAAAUAUGGAGAAACCACUCUUCAUUAUGCAGCAGAUCAAUAUGGUAAAGCAAUCGCAGAAGUUCUUAUUUCACAUGGAGCUAAUAUCAAUGAAAAUGAUAAUUACCUGUAA